UAUGUUUCCCUCCAUUUAUACACUGAGCACUCCCUCACACUCCAAACAAUAAACAUGGACGCAGCAGCACACGACAAUCCCCGUACGGUGGAAGAGGUCUUCAGAGAUUUCAAUGGCCGCAGAGCUGCCGUGAUUAAGGCCCUCACCACUGAUGUUCAAGAGUUCUAUCAGCACUGUGAUCCAGAGAAGGAAAAUCUUUGCCUCUAUGGAUUUCCUAGUGAGCACUGGGAAGUCAAUCUCCCUGCUGAUGAGGUGCCUGCAGAGCUUCCAGAGCCAGCAUUGGGUAUUAACUUUGCCAGAGACGGGAUGCAAGAAAAGGACUGGCUAUCCUUAGUUGCUGUACACAGUGAUGCAUGGUUACUUGCUGUGGCUUUUUUUUUUGGUGCUAGGUUUCGAUUUGAUAAGGCUGAUAGGAAGCGACUAUUUAACAUGAUAAAUGAUCUUCCAACAGUAUUUGAGGUUGUUACAGAGAUAACCAAGAAACAAGGAAAGGCAAAGUCAUCAGUUUCUAAUCAUAGCAGUAACAAAUCCAAUUCAAACUCUAAGUCUCUUUUGGUUUGUCAACUGCAGAGAGGUUCUGCGCCUCCAGGGAAGUAUUCAAAAGCAAUGCAAUCAAAGGACGGGGAUGAGGAUGGUUUGGAAGAGGAAGAUGACGAGGAGCAUGGAGAGACUCUUUGUGGAGCGUGUGGAGAGAACUAUGCAGCUGAUGAGUUCUGGAUUUGCUGUGACAUUUGCGAGAAGUGGUUUCAUGGAAAAUGCGUGAAGAUUACCCCUGCAAAGGCUGAGCAUAUAAAGCAGUACAAAUGUCCAUCUUGCAGCAACAAGAGAGCUCGACCUUGACAGUGACUAGGAUGGAAACUACUGUAUAUCCUGGGCAAUUACAUGACUGCGAAUUUGUUUAGUGGUUUAGGUUUUAUUAGCCUAUGUCAAUUCUAGCCUCUAGGUUCCCUGUUUCAGAUGCUAUAUUAGGUAU